AUGUCGCAAAAACAAGACCAAGUUAUCCUGAUCACUGGUGCCUCUGGCUUCAUUGCCACUCAUAUCGUGGAGGACUUUCUUCGUGCGGGCUAUCAAGUUCGCGGAACCGUCCGCUCAUCCGCCACGGCUGAGCUGGUGCGCCAAAGCUUCUCUCAAUUUGCAUCUCAAUUGAGCUUCGCAAUCGUGGAAGAUAUGGGCAAGCCCGGAGCAUUCGAUGAGGCAGUUAAAGGUGUUCAUGGUGUGAUUCAUACCGCGACGCCAUUCCAAAUAUUCAAUAUCGAGGAUAAUGAGCGCGAUCUGCUCCGUCAAGCCAUUGACGGAACCACCAACGUCCUCAACUCCGUGCUCAAGCAUGCCCCCGAAGUCAAACGCGUUGUCAUCACUUCUUCUAUCGCUGCCAUGAUGGACUAUAGCAAGGGCACAUGGCCCGGCCAUGUUUACUCUGAAGCUGAUUGGAAUAUGACACCGUAUGAAGUCGCCGCCGCUAAGGGUGCUCCGGGUGGUCUGGGAUACUCUACUGCAAAGGCUUUGGCUGAACGUGCUGCCUGGGAUUUCGUCAAGACCAACAAGCCCAAUUUCGACCUUGCAACAAUCAUGCCUCCUAUGGUGUAUGGCCCUAAUAUCAAUGCCACUGCCAGCUUGACCAAGCUGAAUACCUCCUCUUCUGAUAUUCUCCGCCUGAUUUCACCUCGAAGCAAAUCUUCGGAUGAUGUCCCGCAAAAUAUGUUCUGGUCCUUCGUGGAUGUUCGUGACGUUUCAAAGGCCCACCUUCGUGCCUUUGAGGUUCCUGAGGCCGGCGGCGAACGCUUCUUCAUUUGCACUGGUAACUUUACCUAUCAGCAGUUUGUUGACGCUUUGCGGGAGAAGAUCCCUGAGAUCAGAGACCGCGUGCCUGUUGGAAAACCGGGCACUGGAGUUGUCCCGUCGACUGUGUAUACCGUUGACACUUCCAAGUCACAGAAGAUCCUGGGUAUCAAGUACCAUGCACUUGAGGAUACUGUUGUUGAUGCUGCACGUUCUCUUUUGAAAUUGGAGGGAAAAUCUACCUAG